CAUGUGUAUGUAUUUCAUGGCAGUGCUAAUGACGUCGUGACGUGUCGCGAUUCGUGACAAAUUAGCAAGGUUUAGAAGCGAGGAAUGGUUCUUUAAACAUAAUUUUGUGAAAUACUUACUGAGAGAUGUUAACAAAAUUUGAGACAAAAUCUGCUCGUGUAAAAGGGAUCUCUUUUCAUCCAAAACGUCCAUGGGUGCUUGUAAGUUUACACAAUGGUAUUAUUCAGUUAUGGGAUUAUCGCAUGUGCACUUUAUUAGAUAAAUUUGAUGAACACGAUGGACCAGUUCGUGGAAUAUGUUUUCACAAUCAACAACCAUUAUUUGUAUCUGGUGGUGAUGACUAUAAGAUCAAAGUAUGGAAUUAUAAGCAAAGGAAAUGCCUCUUUACUUUAUUGGGGCAUUUAGAUUAUAUUAGAACAAUUGUAUUUCAUCAAGAAUACCCAUGGAUUUUGAGCGCAUCAGACGACCAAACUGUUCGUAUCUGGAAUUGGCAGAGCCGUGCUUGCAUUUGUGUCUUGACUGGGCACAAUCACUAUGUCAUGUGUGCACAGUUUCAUCCUACAGAGGAUAUCAUUGUAUCGGCUUCUUUAGAUCAAACGGUCAGAAUAUGGGAUGUUUCUGGAUUAAGAAAGAAAAAUGUAGCUCCUGGUCCAGGAGGCUUGGAAGAUCAUUUAAAAAAUCCUGGAGCCACAGAUUUAUUUGGUCAAGCAGAUGCUGUUGUCAGACAUAUCCUGGACGCACAUGAUAGAGGUGUUAAUUGGGCAUGCUUCCAUCCAACAUUGCCUCUGAUUGUUUCUGGAGCAGAUGAUCGUCAGAUUAAAAUGUGGAGAAUGAAUGAUGCCAAAGCUUGGGAGGUUGAUACUUGUCGGGGACAUUAUAAUAAUGUCUCUUGUGUUUUGUUCCAUCCUAGACAGGACUUAAUUCUCUCAAAUUCUGAAGAUAAAAGUAUCCGCGUUUGGGAUAUGUCAAAACGUACUUGUUUGCACACAUUUAGAAGAGAACACGAGAGAUUUUGGGUCAUCACAGCACAUCCUACAUUGAAUCUGUUUGCUGCUGGUCAUGAUUCAGGAAUGAUUAUUUUCAAAUUAGAAAGAGAACGUCCUGCAUAUGCUGUAUAUGGAAACGUUCUUUAUUACGUGAAAGAACGGUUUCUUAGAAAAUUGGACUUCACUACUUCAAAAGAUACAUCUAUUAUGCAAAUCCGAGGAGGUGGAAAGACACCUCCUUAUAGCAUGUCGUAUAAUCAAGCUGAGAACGCUGUUUUAAUCUGUACUAGAUCAGCUAAUAAUGUCGAAAAUAGCACUUACGAUCUAUAUUUGAUACCGCGCGAAGGUGAUCCAAACACUGAUGCCGAUGCGAAGCGGGCUUCGGGUGUCACCGCCAUCUGGGUUGCCAGAAAUCGUUUUGCGGUGUUGGAUAGGGCGUAUUCGGUAGGUAUUCAGGGUGAAACGUUAUCUUCUUUAAAAUAA